CCAUCUGCCUGAUAUCCCUUCUAUAAUAAUCUUCCUUCUUUCUCUACUUCGCGACUUUGUAUAUUUCAACAUCUCUUUCUUAUAUAUUUUACUAUCUCUCCUCUUUUAUUUGUUUUUGAUUUGUUUCUUUUUGUUGUUCUUGCUUCUGGUUCCUUGUGCAACAACUCUCCUUCUCGACUUCUAUCAAACACAACCAGACCGGACCAAACGGACCUAGAUCGGACCAUCUUGAAACCCCCAUUGGAUUGGAAUGGAUGCCUUUUGAAUAUCCGUGGAUUUAGGCUUCUCUUAUAAUCUCCCUGGAUCAGACUACCUUUGCGCUCUCUCUUCACUCUUUCCUCGUUCUCAUCCGGGAGAGGAACAUUGGAUCCCCUCUACACACAAUCCCCAAGGACAAUGUACCCGACCAUGCUACCAACACCACCACCAUCACCGGCUCCCCGCCGCUAUGCUCCCGAGGAUCGCCUAGGACUCGUAUUAGCCAACCGGCUGGAACUCACCAGAGUCCUUGGUGUCGGAGCCUACGGCGUCGUUUACACCGCUUUAGACAUCCACACCAACGAAGUCUAUGCCGUCAAGGUUCUCUGCAAGGAUGGUCUGGAUGCCCGCCAACUCAAGUUCCAGCAGCGCGAGAUUAGACUUCAUCACAUGGCAAGCCAACACCGCAACGUGGUUCCCUUAGUCCGCAUCAUGGAUUCCGUGGAUUGUACCUACGUCGUUAUGGAGUAUUGCCCAGAAGGAGACCUGUUCUCUAACAUCACCGAUAAGGGAAACUUUGUCGGUAAUGACUUCUUGGCCAAGAGUGUAUUCCUCCAGAUCCUGGACGCUGUACAAUUUUGCCAUUCUCUUGGGAUCUACCACCGGGACCUUAAGCCUGAGAAUGUUCUCGUGACCGAAAAUGGAAUGACCGUCAAGCUUGCCGACUUUGGCCUGGCGACGACAGAUUAUUAUACGACCGACUUUGGAUGUGGUUCCACGUUCUACAUGUCGCCUGAAUGCCAACAAUCCAACGCCCGACCCUUGUCCUGCUACAUGUCCGCUGCCAAUGACGUCUGGAGUCUGGGCGUGAUUCUUGUCAAUCUAACCUGCGGUCGCAAUCCAUGGAAACGUGCCUCGGUCGAGGAUUCCACAUUCCAGGCCUACCUCAAGGACCCAUUCUUCUUGAAGACUAUUUUGCCUCUUUCUUCCGAGAUGAGCUGCGCCAGCUCAUUAUGGAGUGCCCCCGCUUCACGGAGAAUCCCAUGGUCCAAACCCCCCUGGGUGCCGGAACAGGUCGACUACAUUCCCCAGCCCCAGAUGCCAUUGUUCAUGGGCCCCAUGGAACCCCUGUAUGCCCAGACCUCUGGCUCAUCCUUGGACUCUGCGCAAUACUCAGCCUUCUCCCAAUCUGCUGCUUCCGACGGUUCGGCAAUCACCGAGGAUUACUCGGAUUUCGAUACCAUGUCACCUGCAGUCUCGGAGCAGGUCCCCGAUUGCAAGGCGGUCUUCCCUUCUGUCUGCGCGGAGCCCUUCUUUCCCGCGGAUCCCUUUGCUUAUGGCCUCAUUCACCCCAACCUACGGGGCCUCGAAAUCCCCGUUUAA